AAGAAAUUAAUUGAAUCAACAAAUAAAAGAUAAUUUGAUAAGAAUUUUACGUGUAACUUUCAGUAUUACACAUAUUUUCAAGAUAUAAUUGGGUUACUAAUAAAUAUAACUUAGAUUUGUACACUUCUAUACAUAUAAAAUUGGCUGAGCAGGGGCUUAUAACCCCUAAAGGCCAUAUUUUUUUGUAAAAAAACCAGAAAGAUGACUCUCAGAGGAGUUCUGUAUGAAAAGAAUUAACUCCUAGUUGAUUAAUUAAAUUCUAAGGAAUUACUGAUGAAAUAUUCCGCCUUUUGUCUUGUAACCCAUAUGACUAACUUAUAAUAAUUUUCUACCUUAUCGACUUUCUGUUGAAUGUUUCAAAAUAUUUGACAUUAAAUAUUUGCGAAACAAUAACCUUUGUUACACUUGAAAUUAACUAAAUACUAUAUUGUUAAUGCAAAAAAAUAAACAGUCAAUUUAGAAUAAAAUAUCAACGUUAGUAUACUCAAUAUUUAGUAAUUAACAUAACCUUUUUAAGAUGUUACUAAGGAAAGUGUUUGGUAUUUUAAAUACAACUAACCAUACAAGAACAAUCAUUUCUCGAAAUUUAAACUUAAUACCCAUGGUUGUAGAACAAACUGGUCGUGGAGAACGAGCUUAUGAUAUUUAUUCUAGAUUAUUGAAAGAAAGAAUUAUUUGUUUGAUGGGUCCUAUCUCUGAUGAUGUCUCAUCUUUAGUAGUAGCCCAGUUGUUAUUUCUCCAAUCAGAAAGUAGUAAAAAACCUAUCCACUUGUACAUUAAUUCUCCUGGAGGAAGUGUUACUGCAGGGCUUGGAAUCUAUGACACGAUGCAAUAUGUACUUCCACCCAUAGCAACUUGGUGUGUAGGUCAAGCCUGUUCAAUGGCAAGUUUAUUAUUAGCUGCUGGUGCUCCUGGAAUGAGACAUUCUCUUCCAAAUGCAAGGAUUAUGAUUCAUCAACCAUCAGGUGGAGUUCAAGGCCAAGCAACAGACAUUCAAAUCCAAGCAGAAGAAAUAAUAAAAUUGAAGAAACAAAUUAAUGACCUCUAUGUCAAACAUACCAAGCAAACAUUGCAUAAAAUUGAAAGUAGCAUGGAAAGAGACAAAUUUAUGUCUCCAGUGGACGCAAAAGAAUUUGGUAUAAUUGAUAAAAUUUUAGAACACCCUUUACAAGAAACAGAUGAAGAGGAAAAAUCAUCAAUGACUGAAACGACAGUUUAAUUAUGUUCGAGGUGAUACAGAACGUGGUAACAUAAUGAUUUUUUAUGAUUUUUUUAAUUUGAAAAAAAUAGAUAGUGAUGUUGAUUGUUAAUAUUUAAUAUAAUUAAAAAUAUCAUAAUAAAAAUAACAUAUUUAAUAAACAUUGUUAUAAACUAUUCUAU